CUCCAUCUUGAUUUCAUCUCGUGGGAGGAUCGUCGAGGGGUUGAUCCGUUUAUCUCGACUGCCUUGUCUCGUCUCGCCGGUCAAUUCCUCUGCUCUACACCUGAUUAUUCUUCUCUGCCACAGCCUGUAUCUGCUGCUGGUUAGCCCCCCUCUUCCUCUCCUUUCCUAAGCUUUCUUUGGUGCCUUAUCCUCGGGAUGGCCCAAUAAACGGUUACACGACUUCAUUCGGCGAUGAGACAGACAUAACACGGGCUUUCUAUCCAUCGUUAUUACUUCGAUUCUAAACAGCUAGCAUUUAAUUCCCUCCUUCCUCCGGUCGUUCCUGUUGUGGCGGAAUCACGACGCCCGGUCCGCGUCGCCGCCAUGUCGCAGAAUUUCGAGAAGUCAGUGAAAGGGGCCACGAAGAUCAAACUUGCGGCCCCGAAAUCCAAGUACAUCGAACAUAUCCUUGUCGCGACGCAUACGGGGGAGGCGGGUGUGGCGGAGAUCUUUCGAACACUGCAGCACCGGCUCCGCGACUCGACAUGGACAAUCGUCUUCAAGGCGUUGAUUGUGAUGCAUCUUAUGGUUCGCGAGGGCGAGCUGAACGCUACGCUACAGCACAUGGCGGAGAACCCGAAGAAGCUGGCUAUCAGCGGGUUCUCAGAAGUGCAGUCGCAAGGUCAUAAUAUUCGCCGGUAUUCGGACUACUUGAUUUCGCGCUCCCGGGCAUUCGCCGAGACCCAGACGGACUACGUGCGGAGCGGACAGGGCCGCCUCAAGAGGCUGACGGUGGACAAGGGCCUGCUGAGAGAGACGGAGAUCGUGCAAAAGCAGAUUAAGGCGUUGCUCCGUUGCGAUCUUCUGACGGACGAGGUGGAAAAUGAAAUCACUUUGACGGCAUUCCGGCUACUGACGCUCGAUCUUUUGACUCUUUACUCGGUCAUGAACGAGGGGACGAUCAAUGUGUUGGAGCAUUACUUUGAGAUGUCUCGGCCCGACAGCGAACGGGCCCUGGCGAUAUAUAAAACUUUUACGACGCAGACGGAAGAGGUAGUCAAGUUUCUUGGGGUUGCGAGACACUUUGAAGCGGCGACGAGAUUGGAGAUUCCCAAGCUCAAGCAUGCGUCGACGGAUUUAACACGGCUGUUGGAGGACGACCUUAAUGAUCCGGACUUUGACCUCCGUCGACGUGAGUAUCAGGUCCAGAAGGGGGCCAGGAAGGCUGGUCAUGUUCCGGCUGCCACAUCUUCCAGUAGUUCCGCAGCGAAUGCUACCGCUUCGAAAGCAGCGUCUAAUUCCUCACAAGCGGUCCCGAAGUCUGAGCCCAAGGCCGACUUGAUCGAUUUCUUUGAAUCCAUCGAGCAGAGUCAGCAGCCGAUACCUCAGCAGAGUCCAUUCCAACAGGCUCCCGGGAUGCCGUUCCCUGCCGGCGGGUUCCAGCAACCACAGCAGCCAGGCUUUUAUCCGCAACCACAGCAGCCCCAGCCUACAGGCUUCGACCAGGCAGGAUUUCCCGGGUCAUUUGCACCGCAGAGCGCGACCAAUCCCUUUGGUCAACCAUCGGCCCAGGCUGCCAUGCCUCUUCAACCGCAGUCCACGGGGGCCGGCUUUGGCGGCUACGGCCCACAGCCGCAUUCGUAUCAGUUCCAGUCCAGCCUGGCACCCAUUCCGCAAAAUGGCGUUGCCUCUUUCCCUCAGCAACCGCAGUUGCAGUCGUCGCCGCCGCAGCUACAACCUCCGCAGCAACAGCAGACGACAAAUCCUUUCCGACAGUCGAUGUUGAUGAGCACGCCGACGGGCGGUGCGGCCCCCGCAGCUCCCUUGACGCGUCAGAAUACUAACCCCUUUGCCCGUCGCCUGUCAAAUGCCACCCCAUCGUUCAAUCCCGGUCCCUCAUUGUCAUCUCCGUCUGAGGCCUUCUCAUCACCGGGCCAGCAGCCCGCGGUAGCAGCCCCUCCUCCUGCUCCCCUGCAGGCCCAACGGACCGGUACUAAUCCAUUUUCUCGGGGCCCGCAACCAGGGUUGCAACCCCCUCCAGCAGCACCUCUGCAACCGAAUGUGACAGGCACCACCAAUCCGUUUCGCCAGAGUGCGUUUAUCAACCAGCAGACGGGCCAGGGGUGGCACCUGGGCGGCCAGCAAGGCACCAUGGGCGGGUUGGAGCAGCUGGACACAGUGCCUGUUUUCCCUCGCCCAGGCAUGGCAUAGCAUUUUCUGAUCUUAAGCGCUCUUUUCUGAACCGUGUUUGGUCCUCUUCUCUCUCUCUCUCUCUCUCUCUCUCUUUCCAAAGCUCUU